AUGUGGAUAUUCCUACAAAACUUAUGUGUUGAAUAUACAGGAAGUCAGUUCAUAUUAAAAAAAUUACACGUUGACUUUGAAAAGGCAGCCCACCAAGCCGCGUAUGAAGUUUUUGAAAAUGUACAAUUAAUAGCUUGUCGAUUUCAUUUAGGACAAUCAUGGUGGCGAAAAAUAAACAGCGAUUCUAUUCUCAGAAUAGCCUAUAAAAAAGAAAACGACGAACUAGGAAAUUGGCUUAAGAGUUUUUUUGGGUUAGCUUUUUUACCUAAUCAUGAAGUAGCCGAUGCAUUCGUCGAACUCAUGAGUGUCUGCCCAAAUGAUAAAGUCUGCUCAGAAUUUAGCGAUUAUGUUUUCAAUAAUUAUAUAGAUGAUGAAUCUCCAUUUCCCCCAAAUAUAUGGGCUAAAGAACCUAUGUUUGAUCCAAGGACAACCAACGCUGUUGAAAAUUUUCAUAGAACUUACAAUUCACAAUUUUAUAAGUCUCACCCACACAUACACUUGGUAAUUAUGGUUUUACAAGAAACGCAAGCUGAAACGAUGACAAAAAUUCGGUUAAUUGAAACCGACAGUUAUAAAAAUUUCUAUUGUUUAAUUGUAUCUAUGCUCAAUUGGGUAAUGAACAAGGUAAAAUGUGCUCAAUCGGGUUCCAGCCAUUUGCAGUUGCCUUCUGAGUCCGUUUGCAUGUGGUUGCAAGUGGACCGGGCCUGCCGAUCCCUACCAGUGAAGGUAAGGACCAGCUCAGUGAGCUCCGACCUAACCUAA